AAGGGGGACUAUAAAGAGGAAAUACCGUACACAGAUUGACAGAGAGAGAAGGGAGAGGGGGAAAUUGGAGGAGUAAGGUCCACUUGGCAUGUUAGUGUCUCGGUGUGUCUCAAUGGAGAUGCAAGGGACUCACUGAAGGGGAUAUUCUCCACUGGGAAAGUACUCUCUGAAGGACCAUCUCUGACAGACUGGUACAUGUCAGCUACCCCCACAGCUCCUCUGGAGAGACGUGAAAAACCAGAACCUCUCGUCACUCUCCAUCUGACUCCAGCCAUCACAGCUGCGUCUACCACAACACCUCCGCCUGCCUCUGUCCACCAUGAGUGACGACAGGGAAAGACAGGGUGCCGAUGGAGGCUACGGGGCCGAACAGCCGCCCAACGUCAAACCCAAACCUGACAGUAAAGACAGCAUCAAGAAGGAGAAAAAGGAGAAAUCCACCAAGGUGCGUAGGUCCAUGAGCACUGACUCCGAAAGAGGAGGGGGAUCUGGGAGAAGGAGGGAGAGAAAGAGAGACAAAGGGUUGAGGAGGGAGCGUGGUAGAAGUGAGGAGAACAGGAGGCGAGAUAGGGCUGGAGAUGACAGCAACCGGAAGGAGUCUGACCCCCAGGAAAACGACAUGGAGGACACUGAGUGUGUGGUUUGCUUCUGCGAAUACGACAAUGUCUUUAAAACCCCCAAGCUGCUCUCCUGCGGGCACACCUUCUGUCUGGAGUGCCUGGCCCGGAUCAACGUCACCUCUUUAGAGCUUAAGUCUCUUUCCUGCCCUGUGUGUCGAGAGCUCACCAACCUGCCUCAUGGCCGCAACCUGCCCCAGCUGGGCAACAACCAGGACAUCUUCCGCAAACUCCCUCCAGAGAUGCAGAGGGCGCUGUCCGUGCGCUUCAAGCGCAGCAAGGGCAAGCUGGUCCUCAAGAAGCCCCCUCCUGGUACUACCAGCCUGGCCAAGUCCAGCCUCACCCUGCCCACUCUCAAGAAGCAGGACCGGCAGGCCUCCAGCAACCUCCAGCUGGCCACCAUGGAUCAGGGCCUCGCCACUGUCGUGGACGUGGGUCGCCCCCCUAGUAGGGUCAGAGGUCGCCUGCGCAGGAUGUUCCGCUCGGACCAGUGCUACUACACCGUGAUGGCAUCCAUCAUCACCAUCACCGUGGUGCUGAUGCUGAUGGGCAUCCUGGCCUUCAUGGUCAUGCCCAAUGUGGACCUCCCCAACGGCAGCAAACCCAACCAGGGGAAUUCCAGCCAACCACAAUCAGGGGCUCACUGAGGAAAAGAGGGGAUGGUGGUGGGAUGAAGGGAAGUAAGAACAGAGGAGAGAAUCACUCAGAUAUUUUGAGAGGACAAAUAUUGUCAGUGAUCCUAAUAUCUGCCAUUUCAUUUUCUUUACUAAUACUCAGUUAUGAAGAAAAUGUGAAUCAACUGAAAAGAAAGGUGACCCUGAAAGCACUAGAGCACACUCAACUGGGGUCAAUACAUAACAAGGACCAUGUUGUUUAUGAAGGACUGAUGCACAAGAAGUACUAAUGGGAAAAGUGUCGCAAGAGUUAUUUUUUUAUCCACCAUUUUGUCUUCCUUCCUGCAGUAUAUAGAUCAUGAACAUGGAACAUUUACCCAAAUGUGAACGGGACAGCUAUUGCGGUGAAGUCAGAAAGGACAAUUAAUGUUGUCUGGGGAAAUGUAAUUCAUUAUAAAGUUGUGUACUAUGUAAUUGCACUGAAGUCUGCCAUGGAGAAUUAUUACAAGUUAGAGAUUAUUUGAUUACACUGAGCAUUAUCUUAUUCUUACAUUGCAAAGUAAAAAUGUUCAGCUCAAGAUUUUGUUUUACAUUCAUUGAUGUCUAACUAAUGUAUAUUUACAUACAAAAUAUGAAUAUACAUGUAGAGUUCAAAUAAGAAUGAUACAUUUGUAAAAUUUUAUUUAAAAAAAACCAACAAUGGAAAUGAAUGACAUUUCCAAUAGACCCAGUGCCAUGUUACAUGCCGUUGCCUUACAGUAAAACCAAAUGUGCUGAUUUGAUUUCUGAUAAGAUCUUUGCCUGGCGGUACGUUGGUCGCACCUUCCUCUUUUAGUCCCAUUAGAGAAUCACUUUCUUUUCAUUUUUCUUUUCAUUUUUAUACUAUUUCUUGACAGGUUCAGUGUGUGUGUGUGUGUGUGUGUGUGUGUGUGUGUGUGUGUGUGUGUGUGUGUGUGUGUGUGUGUGUGUGUACUGUUUUAACAUUUUACUGAAAGCUACACAAUACAAAACAUUAAGAACACCUGCUUUUUCAAUUACAUAUACUUACCAGGUGAAUUAAAGUGAAAUCUAUGAUCCCUUAUUGAUGUCACUUGUUAAAUCCACUUCAAUCGGUUUCGAUAAGGGGAGGAGAUGGGUUAAAGAAGGAUUUUUAAGCCUGGAUUGUGUAUGUGUGCCAUUCAGAGGGUGAAUGGGCAAGACCAAAUAUUUAAGUGCCUUUGAACUGAGUAUGGUAGUAGGUGCCAGGCACACCGGGGUGCAACUCAAUAUUAGGAAGGUGUUCCUAAUGUUUGGUAAACUCAGUGUCUGUAUCAGUGAAACAGUGUCACUCAUGACUAGUUUUAGUUGUAGUAGCUAUGUUUUCCAUUCUAUGGUUGUCAGUGUGACAGACAAACCUCUUACAAGGUGUGUUCAUAAUGGAAAGGAGGCAGUGACAUUUGACAGCAUGACUAAGCGUAUGUGUUGUAUAACAUGCAAGCCUUUUAUUACUUGUUUAAGGAAUAUGCUUUUAAUCAUUAAAAUAUAACAUUUG